UCACUGCAGAACUGUGAUAAAGCCAAAUUGGCAAAAAGACACGUCUUUCUAAAAAUGAUUCAAUAUUUUCACUGAUAUCUCCGAAACUAUUUAUCAGAUUCUCAUAAAACCAAUUAAGAACCUUCUUAAGAUCAUAUAGACCAUAUAUAACACCAUGGAGUCGUUGUACCAUCAAACGAAUAAGAUGAUUUUGGACGUCCAAAAUGGACUGGGGCGUUUGGAAAAAGCGACCGAAUCUGACAUCCAUGUCGUCGAGAAUGAGAUCCAGGCUCGCAUAGACCAGGUUGUCAGUAACUGUGAACGGUUAGAUAUCUUGGUGAACAAGGAGCCCCCGACGCGACGGUCCAAUGCCAAGAUACGUGUCGACCAGUUGAAGUAUGACUGCCAACAUCUACAAGCUGCGAUGAGGAAUUUGCAACAUCGCAGGUAUAGAAAAGAAGAAGAAGAACGUGAGCGUGAAGCCUUGCUGACGCGGACAUUCACAACCAACGAUCAAGACACGUCAAUCCAGAUAGACGCAUCGCUCCAACACAAUCAGCGGUUAUACAACUCGCACCAAGGCUUGGACAACGCAAUAUCAACUGGGACACAUGUGCUUUCAAACCUCCGUGAACAGCAUUCGACAUUGAAAGGCGCUAAGAAGAAGAUUUUAGACGUCAUGAAUACCCUCGGACUUUCAAAUACUGUGAUGCGCUUGAUCGAGAGGCGGACAUAUCAGGAUCGAUAUAUUCUAUAUGGAGGGAUGAUUGUCACUUGUAUUCUUAUGAUAAUAAUUUGGAGAUAUUUAUCAUAAAUUUUUGGUCGAAUUUUAUUUAUUAAUUCAAUUUGGGAGUGACUUGCAUUCUGGUUGACCACGUUUGCUUUUAGAAGGGUCUGUGGAGAAUGCUCUGAUUUGUGAAUCGGUGUUUAUUUGAUUGUGAUGAUGUUUUGAGAGAUAUCCAGGUUUUCAUAACAUCAUCAUGAGCUUUAGUGGUGUAUAUUUAUGCUUCAUUCUGUGUGAUCCACAGACAUUUUAGGCAUCCAGCAAAACAUUUAAAGACGUAAUGAAAACCGUAGAUUUAAGUUGGAGGAAAUGGCCCAACAUCAUUUGGGUAAGCAUCUUUUCAAGUGACAGUUUAUACUACAGUAAUCACCAUUUAAUGAAGCAACUCCCGAAAGUGUUUCUUUAAUUUUGGAAUAGAUAGUAGGGAUUCCCUUGUGUGGACAUUAUCAAAGCAAGGCCUGGGGAUGACUUUCUGUAUUGACUGGAGGCCAUCUGUAUUGACUGUAUUGGCCAUUUGUAUUGACUGUACAUUGAUUGUGCAGUGUGGUAGAUUAGGUUCCAUUGUAUUGAGAUACAUGAUUGUUGGAAGAAAGCCCUGAUAGUUUUGCACACUGUUAUGACUAAUUAUGGUACCAUCAGAAAGUGAUCCAUGAUGAGGUAAUAGAAUAAUUGAGCCUCUGAUUGGAGAGGCAUGGCUGAUCACCAAUGUUAGUACAAUGUAAAAAAGUGUAGAGUAUGAAUUUGCCUUUUGUUGUACUAUACAUUGUACAAUACAUGUACAUUUGUAAUUUUUGAAAUGGUGCAUGCUCAAAUCAUCUGGAAUUCUUGUGAAAUAAAGAUGCAUUUAUGUCUAUUUUAUUAUUGAAAAUCAAA